CUCUUUGUGCCUUUGCUGGCUCUCCCUCCGUGCCAAAUAUAGCCUGGCCAGCGCCUGCCUGCUGGCUCCGGCCCCUCCGCUCCAACAAACAACCCAGAGAAGGUUCUUGGCCGGCGUGCCAAGGGGGGCAAAGACCCUUGGCGUCUCAGUCCGACCCCCUGAAAAAUUCCACGGCAUUAUCGCAUCAUGGCUGCCUGCUGUCUUUCGAUCCGGCCAGUCCGUCAGUUCUAUCUGUCGGUCUGUCGGUCUGUCUGGCUGCAACUUCCCGACCUAGCUAGGUAGCCAGCCAUCCACCAGAUUAUCACCACCAUGCGCCGCCUCCAUCACAUCGGCGCUCUGCUGCUCCUCCUGUUGCACAGUCAAUGGGCCUACUCCGAUUUGAAUAUCCAAGUCGACGAUGCUGACUCCCUCGCCGACGCCGGCAAAGCCAUCGCCGAGCCCUUGAUGGUCUUUUACAAACAGAAUCAAACUGAAGGCAUCCCCGGAAAGCUCACCGAUACCUGGUAUGUCGCGGGGAGCAUGUUCAUGACCCUGAUCCAAUUCUGGCAGGCCUCGGGCGUGGAUACCUACAACUCUGUCGUCCAGCACGACCUGAUGUUCCAGGCCGGCGAGAACUACGACUUUUUCUCUGCCAACUACAGCCAGUGGCUGGGUAACGAUGACCAAAUGUUCUGGGGACUCGCCGCUAUCACCGCCUCCGAAGCUGGCUUCCCUGAGGUGUCCGGCAAACCUUCGUGGACGUCCCUCGCGCGCGCUGUCUUUAACAUGCAGGUCAACCGGUGGGACGAAACCGCCUGUAACGGCGGCAUGCGCUGGCAAAUUUGGCCCUACCAAGCGGGUUACACGAUGAAGAAUGCCAUCUCGAAUGGCGGGCUGUUUGAGCUCUCGGCGCGGCUGGCCCGCUUCACCAAGAACGAGACCUACGCCGAAUGGGCAGAGAAGAUCUGGGACUGGUCUACGACUACGCCGCUUCUCAACACGAACACAAGCACAUGGAAUAUCGCGGACAGCACGUCCAACGAAGCUAAUUGCAAAGACGCCGGGAAUAACCAGUGGACGUAUAACUACGGGACGUAUCUGGCUGGUGCGGCGUUCAUGUAUAACCACACAAACGGCUCCACCAAAUGGCUCAACCGAGUCAACAACCUGCUCGACUCCACCUUCACCCGCUUUUUCCCAGCCACCUACCUCAACGGCACCGUCCUGUCCGAAGUCGCCUGCGAGCCUAUCCUCUCCUGUGAUCGCAACCAGCUCUGCUUCAAGGGGUAUGUGGCAAUGUGGCUCGCCUUCACGGCGCUCCUUGUCCCCUCGACCAGCGACCGCAUCGUGCCCAAACUGCAAGGCUCCGCCUCCGCCAUCUCCAAACAAUGCUCCGGCUCUGCAGACGGGAUGGACAACCUCUGCGGUGUCCGCUGGUACCAAGACACCUGGGACGGGUCAUUGGGGCUGGAAGUGCAAAUGAGCGCAUUGGGCGGCGUCACCUCCAACCUGAUGUUACUGUCCACUCAGUCCCCGCAGACCAUCUCCGAGAACCCUGACGCAUCGGAACACCAUAUUGACACGAGCGACGAUGAGAAAGAUCCGUCGGCAUCAGAUCCCAUCGAAACGGGGGAUCGAGCGGGCGCGUGGAUCCUCACUGCCGUGUUGGCGGCGUUGAUGAUCGGUGCAGUGGCUUGGUUACUAAAGACACAGUGAUCUCCCCCUUCCUUGCUUUAUUCGCUUACGAUUAGCUAGUUUCGUAGAUAUACAUAUCUUGCUUUGCUUCCUUCUAUACCCAUACCUUUGUUGUUUAUGGAGUGCUGGUCAAACGAGUGGGGGUAGACCUUCCUUUUUUUUUUACUUUCUAUCCCAGAUGACUUCUAUUCAACCCAUUCUAUACAUAGUUUCUCCUAUAGGAAUAAUAUGACCUUCUCCUCC